UCCUCAGAGGCUGUUUUCAUCCAUACCAGCAACAAUGGACCUGACUUUGUGGCAGUACCAGUUCAGGAUCAUCAUGCUGGGGGACUCCACCGUGGGCAAGUCCUCUUUGCUGAAGCGUUACACUGAAGACUUGUUCCUGGAGUCCAUCAACCAGACGGUGGGAGUCGACUUCUAUGUGCACUUCCUGGAGGUGGAGCCGGGGGUCCGUGUCAAGCUGCAGUUUUGGGACACAGCCGGGCAGGAGAGGUUCAGGUCAGUGACCCGUUCUUAUUACCGCAACUCGGUCGGAGGCAUGCUGGUGUUUGACAUGUCCAACCGAGCCACCUUUGACCACAUUAAGGAGUGGCACACCGAGGUGUGCGAGCGAGUGCAGCCACACAAGGUCGUGUUCGUCCUGGUGGGCCAAAAAAGCGACCUGGAUGGUCACGAGGAGAGGGCUGUGAGCCGGCAAGAGGCUGAGAAGCUGGCCGGACAGCUGGGGAUGCCCUAUGUGGAGGCUUCCGCCAAGUUGGGCCACAACGUGAGGGAGGCCUUUGAGCUGCUCACUCGCCGGGUCUACCAGGGUCUGCUGAGCGGAGAGGUGGAGCCGCAGGAGGGCUGGGAUGGAGUCAAGUGUGCUGCACCACAGGCGCUGAAGUUGCACAGAGCCAGCAUGGUGCAGCACAGCACGCCUCCCAAGAACAACAAGAAGUGCUGCGGUUAAACUGGACUGGCAGUGGUGCACAUAUAUACACCCAUGUUCCCGUGGAACCAAACCCAGCCUUUCAGGAGGUUGGAUUUGUGGUGGAAUGUCACUGUAUCAACGUGACCAUAAUGAAACACUGAUUUCUUUUGUGCACCAUUGUUGAUACUGACUUAAGUCACCGUUUUGUGACUUUACAAUGCUUUGACAUUUCUUUAAAUGGGUGAAGAUAUAACUUUAGAAACAAAGGUUUUACGUAAUACACUUUUUUUUUUUAUCCAUAAUCUGGAUAACAUCUUUGGUCCUGACUGAAAUGUACAUAAAGCCUAAAAAGAACUAUUGGAUGGGUGACAUUUUGCACAGAGAGCCCGUGGUAUCGAGAGGAUUAAUUCAUUUGUACUGUCUUUUCAAGACACACCCACACUGGGUUGGCAUUUGGUUUUAGGAGAGAUGUCUUGAUGUCUGCUGCAUGGUUUGCUAUGAAAUUUGCUACUGAUGUUCAAGAUUAAUUUAAGAUUUACUUAAUUUUUCAUAGUGCCAUCAUCAGGUCCAAAUCUCAAUUCCACCACUACUUUUUUGUGUGUUUUUUUUUUACUACAUAGCUGCAAAACUACAGACAUUUCCAUCAGCCAUCACUGUUCUAGGCAUGCUAACAUGCUAUGGUAGCAUUGUAAGUAAUUUAUUAUUUUAAGACCUCAAGAGCUUUACAGUGCAAGUACUGUAAUGUAAGUGCUGCACUUAAGUACAAAUUUAAGGCACAUGUACUAAAUUACUUCCAUUGUAUGCAACUUUACAGUUCAACAUCCACAACAUAUCGGCCAGAUUUAUUUACUAAUUAUUUAUCAGAUUACAAUUUUUCAUACUCUUCCUGUUCAUAUGUUCUGAUUGUCUUCCUUUAUAGGUUGAGGGAAAAAAAAUCCUAAACUCAAUCAACAUUUCUUGGAUUAGCUUGAAAACGUAUCAUCGCAAAGCUGUUCCGUGUGGUAUUCUUACUUUGAGUGCUUCUUCAACCACUGCAGUAGUGGUUGCCAAACUGGGGGGUCUUGAUACCCAAAGACAAUGUGCCACUACUUUUUUUUUUUUUUUUAGAAGGGAUGCAUUUGAUAAAAAAGUGAUAAGGGACCAGAUGUUCACAUUUCCUAAUAAGACUAUUUUUGUGCUUCGCUACGGAUAUGACAAUAGGCCAAUUAGCUCCCCGAUGAAAUGAUCAAAGGGCUGGGACAGGGUUGUCAACGGGCCGCAGUCGGCCCACAGGCCCCAAGUCGCAAGUUUUAAGAUACUCUGGUUGCAAGAUGGUUAAGAAAAAAAAAAUCUUCUUUUGAAAGUCUUAUUUCACAGAAAGAACACUCUCCCUUCCACUGAAUCCAUUCCUAGACAUAAUCUGUGAUUCUUAUCCGCUUCUUUAUCCGCCCAUGGCUGGCCACAGUUCAGUUGCUGUUCCCCCGGCUCAGAUUAGAAGCAUCACCCUCAGCAAAUGUGAAUUAAUCCUUCUGGGCCUAAGUAGUCCGGAAAAGGCUUUGUUGCAUUACCACUAAUUGCACAGAAUCCUGUGUGCAAGUCGUUGUUUUCAGGUGCUGUUGUUGAAAUUAAUUCAAUAAAAACUCUGGGGUGCCUUUGGA